UUCGAGGAGGUGGCUGUGUAUUUCACCAGAGAGGAAUGGGCUCUGCUGGACCCCGCUCAGAGAGCCCUCUACAGGGAUGUCAUGCAGGAGAACUAUGAGGGGGAGAGACCCUACAAAUGCCGUGAGUGUGGGAAAACCUUCAAUCGCAGCUCACACCUUAUUGCCCAUCAGAAAAUCCACACAGGGGACAGGCCCUAUAAAUGCUGUGAGUGUGGAAAAUGCUUCACUGAGAGUUCAGACCUUUCUGUACAUCAGAGAAUCCACACAGGGGAGAGGCCCUUUGAAUGCCGUGAGUGUGGGAAAACCUUCAAUCGCAGUUCACACCUUAUUAGGCAUCAAACAAUCCACACAGGGGACAGGCCCUACGAAUGCAGUGAAUGUGGAAAAUGCUUCACUAGCAGCUCAAACCUUUCUCAACAUCAGAGAAUCCACACAGGGGAGAGGCCCUUUGAAUGCCGUGAGUGUGGGAAAACCUUCACUUACAAAUCAGGCCUUUCUAGACAUCAGAGAAUCCACACAGGGGACAGGCCCUAUGAAUGCAGAGAGUGUGGGAAAACCUUCAAUCGCAGAUCAGGCCUUUCUAGACAUCAGAGAAUCCACACAGGGGACAGGCCCUAUGAAUGCAGAGAGUGUGGGAAAACCUUCACUCAAAUAUCAGCCCUUUCUGUUCAUCAGAGAAUCCACACAGAUGAGAGGCCCUAUGAAUGCAGUGAGUGUGGGAAAUGCUUCACUCACAGAUCAGACCUUUCUAGACAUCAGAGGAUCCACACAGGGGAAAGAUCCUACGAAUGCAUGAGUUGUGGGAAAACGUUUACUCAAAGAUCAGCCCUUUCUGUUCAUCAGAGAAUCCACACAGGGGAGAGGCCCUAUGAAUGCAGAGAGUGUAGGAAAACCUUCACUCACAGAUCAGCCCUUUCUAGACAUCAGAGGAUCCACACAGGGGAAAGAUCCUACGAAUGCCAUGAGUGUUGUAAAACCUUCAGUCGCAGCUCGCACCUUAUUAGUCAUCAAACAAUCCACACAGGGGAGAGGCCCUAUGAAUGCAGAGAGUGCGGGAAAACCUUCAAUCACCGCCCACACCUUAUUACCCAUCAGAGAAUCCACACAGGGGAGAGGCCCUAUAAAUGCUGUGUGUGUGGAAAAUGCUUCACUAAAAGUUCAGCCCUUUCCAGGCAUCAGAGAAUCCACACAGGGGAGAGGCCCUAUGAAUGCAGUGAGUGUGGGAAAACCUUCUCUUGUAGCUCUUCCCUUAGUAGGCAUCAGCGAAUACACAGAGGAGACAAACCCUAUGAAUGCCGUGAGUGCGGGAAAAGCUUCACUCAGAGAUAUACCCUUAACUCUCAUCAGAGAAUCCACACAGAAGAGCGACCCUACGAAUGCUGCAAGUGCGGGAAAAGCUUCACUCAGAGAUCAGCCCUUAUCUCUCAUCAGACAACGCACACGGGAGAGCGACCCUACGAAUGUUGCGAGUGUGGAAAAAGCUUCUCUCGGAGCUCAAACCUUACUAUGCAUCAGAGGAUCCACACAGGAGAGAGACCCUAUGCAUGCAGUGAGUGCGGGAAAAGUUUCAGUCACUUCUCCUCCCUUAUCUCUCACCAGAGAGUCCACACGGGAGAGAAACCCUAUGAAUGUUGCGAGUGUGGAAAAAGCUUCUCUCGGAGCUCAAACCUUACUAUGCAUCAGAGGAUCCACACAGGAGAGAGACCCUAUGAAUGCAGUGAGUGCGGGAAAAGUUUCACUCACCUCUUCUCUCUCAUCUCUCACCAGAGAGUCCACACAGGAGAGAAACCCUAUGAAUGCAGUGAGUGCGGGAAAAGCUUCUCUCGGAGCGCAACCCUUGUUACACAUUACAGAGUCCACACCGGAGAGAGACCAUAUGAAUGCUGCGAGUGUGGGAAAAGCUUCACUCAUAGUUCAGGCCUUUCUAAACAUCAGAGAAUCCGUAAAGGAGAUAAA